GUUUUGCAAAUCCAUAUCCUUGGUUCCCCUCUCCCCUCCUCCCUAGACAUCUCACGACCCUGCCCCCAGCGCCGCCUACCGUCUUGGAGACCAUGGAGGAGCAGGAGGACCGCAUCAGCCUCCUCCCAGACUGCCUCGUAGGCACUAUCGUUUCCAUUCUUCAACCAAAGGCCGCCGCCCGCACCAUGGUACUCUCGCACCGAUGGCGACACAUCUGGCCAUCCCUGCCUCUAGAUCUAAACUUGGAGACCGAUUCGGAUGCUCGCUUUCUGGGCGCCACCGAUUCCGAUGCUCGCUUUCUGGGCGCCAAGUCUAUUUUAUCUAUCCUCUCCUCGCACUGCGGUCCUAUCCGCCGAUUUUGUGUAACAACCUUGGCUGGAGUUGGCACCUGCACCUGGCUUCAAACCCUAGCGGAGCGGCGGAUUGAUGACACACUCGUUUUGCGGUUUGCGUCAGGCAUGCAGCACCACCCUCUGCCCCGCAGCUUGCUCAGCAGCGCUGGGGUUGCUAUACGACAUCUGGAUCUCCAUUGCUGCCGCCUUGGCCUCCCCAAUAACCCUUAUUCUCCUGUGCAAACCUUGCAGCAUGUUGAAUAUUUGUCCUUAUCCGACGUGAUCAUCUCUGAGAUGGCACUCCACCGCAUGAUCGAGGUCUGUCCUGUUCUGAGCGAGCUUCAUCUCUCUAUGAUUGAUGGACUUCACCGUAUUUGCUUUCAUUCAUGCACCCUUACAACCAUGUCCAUAAGUAGGCCGUAUGUUCCUCUAAGUGAGUUCUCUGUAAGUGGCACUCCUGCCAUAAAAAGCAUCAUUUUUUCUUAUGUUAAUCUUUGGCGUAUACCAACCUUUAUAAUCAAUGUUGGUAAUGGAAGAUAUCCAAAGCUUGGGCUUAAGCUGCCUAAUAUUGACUCGCCAAGCCUUGAUACAUUUUCUAGUAAGGUAUCAUUACCUUAUAUAACCUCGCUUGUUAUUGGUAUGAAAUUCAUGAAUGGCGAAGAGUUAAGGAAAACCAUACAUAUCUUAAAUUUAUUCAAAUAUUUACAACAUCUUGAGAUCCUGUGCUUUUACUUCGGUUUAAAUAGUGAAGUUGGUUAUGUCGAUUGGGAAAUGGUGUCUGAGACGGCCAUUUGUCAAAAUAAGCAUUUGACGCAUGUGCAACUUAGAGGAUACAGUGCUACUGUCGGGGAGCUAGAUUUUGCAAGGUGUCUUAUAGUUAGAGCCCAAUCUCUAAGGUCCAUGGACAUCAGCCAUUCCGUUGAUUUGACCCCAGAGGAUAUAAGCCGUCAAACUGAGUCAAUAUGCAGACUAGGGAAGGCCUCGCCCCUGGCUCAGCUUUUCUUUACUAGAAGCGCUGACUCAGGUUACAAGCGAAGAAAAGAAGCUAGAUUUCUUGAUAGAGUGACCAUGCUUUGAUGAAGGCACAUCCCCUUCGAUCUGCACUUAUAUAUUUCCCCUCCAUGUGUCUUUGUAUGAAUGGGUUUCAUCUGUGUUAAACGGAUUCUUUUGUAAGCGCAGUGAAGAUGGUGUGAAAGAGAAUUCAAAGUCAUUUAUCACAAAAUUACUGAAUUUAGAUAA